GGAGGCGUGUGAAACCUCCUCGAAGGUUUUCAUCGUGGGGUUUAACAUGCUGUGGUGUUUUGGGUUUGUUCUUUUGUUGUUUUUUGGGGUUUUUUUCCCAGCACUUAAAACAUUCACCAGUCGACCUCGUCUGAAAUGAUAACGUGUUUGUAUCCAUCAGGUUAUAGUGUGAAGAAAGAUACAUAUGGUGCUUGCAUACGCACUCUACGAACAAACAGGAUGCUCACCAGAACCCCAAGUGUUGUUGCCCAAGUGUUACUUUUUCUAAGCAUAGUUCUUGUCAUUGCUAUUGCAGUGAUUCAGAUAAAUCAGCAACAGAUCCUCUCCCCAGGGCUUAAGUAUGGAAUAGUCCUUGAUGCUGGAUCCUCUCGAACUACAGUUUAUGUCUAUGAAUGGCCAGCAGAAAAAGAAAAUGACACAGGAGUAGUAACCCAGACCUUCAAGUGCAAUGUGAAAGGCCCUGGUAUAUCCAGCUAUGAGAGUAGCCCUGGAGCUCUUGCCAAGCCCUUUGAUGACUGUCUGAAUAAAGUCAAAGAGAGAAUACCAGCUCAUCUGCAUAAAAACACUUCUGUUUAUCUGGGGGCUACAGCUGGCAUGAGGCUGCUGAGGUUGCAAAAUGAAUCGGCAGCCAAUGAAGUCCUUGCAAGCAUUCAAAACUACUUCAGAGCACAACCUUUUGAAUUUAGGGGUGCGCAAAUCAUAACUGGGCCAGAGGAAGGGGUGUAUGGAUGGAUAACGGCCAACUAUUUAAUGGGCAAUUUCUUAGAGAGAAAUCUUUGGAGAACAUGGAUCCAUCCUUACACAAAAGAAACUGUGGGUGCACUGGAUCUUGGAGGAGCUUCUACUCAAAUUUCAUUUAUCCCAGAGGACUCUCAGGAGCACUUCAACAGCACUUUGCAAGUGAAGUUGUAUGGUUAUAACUACAAUGUCUACACUCACAGCUACCAAUGCUAUGGGAGAGAUGAAGCUGAGAAAAGGCUUUUAGCAUUGCUGCUCCAGAAAUCAAAUGCCAGUUCCAGUGUGGAUAAUCCAUGUUACCCUCAAAAUUAUAAUACAUCAUUAACGAUGAAGUACUUCUCUGGCAGCCUUUGUACACAAUCUCUGAGACCAGCAAAUUACUACCCAAACCAGCCUGUGAAUUUCCAUGGAACAGGAGACCCAGGUCUGUGCCGUGAGAUGGUUUCUUUAUUGUUUAACUCCACUGCUUGCAGAGACAGAGAAGACUGUCCUUUUAAUGGAAUGCAUCAGCCAAAAGCUAAAGGGAAUUUUGUGGCUUUCUCUGGAUUCUACUAUACAAUUAAUGCUUUGAAUUUAUCUGGGCACUUUUCCCUGGAUGACUUCAAUUCAAGUAUGUGGUUUUUCUGUUCACAGAGCUGGACACAGCUCCAGUUUAUGCUGCCUAAAUUUGAAGAAAUAUAUGCUAGAUCCUACUGUUUCUCAGCAAAUUUCAUUUAUUACUUGCUUGUACAUGCUUACAACUUUAAUGCAGAAACUUGGCCACAGAUACAUUUUCAAAAGCAGGUUGGUAACAGCAGCAUAGCAUGGUCACUUGGUUACAUGUUAAGCCUCACGAACAUGAUUCCAGCAGAAGGCAAGCUGAUCCAAUUACCCCUGAAGCCUCCUUUGUUUGCUGGGCUCCUCAUCUUCCUCACAGCUACCGCACUGUUGUGUCUCCUCUUCCUUGUUUACUUGUGUUUUGUAUCACAUAAUCGGAAGAACAUCACUCGUGUUGAGCAUGUGUUUAUCCCAGAAUGAAUGAACUUUACUGAAUGCAAAGCAAAAAUUUUACAGUGCUAUUAAGUUAAGUAGGACUUCAUUUUGCCCUCCAUUUUUCAAAAAUAAAGACAAGAAAAACGGCUUCAGGGCCAGAAGCAUAAAUAGAGAAGAGACACAAAGGAAUCUGUGAUAUGGUGAACUGAAGUGCUUUUGAAGUAUUUUGGCAAUUGUUUCUGUAAACCUAAUUUGUCCGGUGUGCAGCAGAGAAAAAGUGGGCAGAUGUGUCACUUUGCUUUAUAAGGGAUUACUAGCCUUUUGCUGCCAGGUAUGUAUUAUUUUUUUGUUCAUUAACUCUGUGCUAACUGGUAAAGUCAAGUGGUGAUGGAUUUUAUCACAGCGUCAGUUGUUUAAGAUAAAAUUAAGUCAGUAGAAAUUGUAGGAGGUGGUAACAUGGUAGCUGUUCUUUUGUGCAGUGCUGACACUAAAAGCCCUGAAGUAAUCUAAUUUCUGAAACUGGAACAAGCACUGGAUAAUGACAAGAAUUGAAAGGAACAACUGUGAUAGAAUUGUUUUUAUUGCUGUUCCAAACAGAUUGAUCCCCACCACCAGAAUACCUUUGCUAUUGUACAUAAGAUUUGCUUUGAAGGUGGAACAAAAUGCUUUCAUGCUUUAGUAACUGAACCUAAAUUUAAAUGUCUCAUAGUUACUUCCAGAAGCCACUGGAGUUUUCAUUGUCCUUUUCUCUCUGACUUUCACAGAAAUACUUUUGGUAUGAUCUCAUACUGAAACAUUGACCUGUAUUCCUCACAUAUUGUCUGUCUCAGACAGUCGCAGUCCAUACUGAUUUGUCAUGUACGUAUUAUUUCAGCUGUCUGGAUAGAGUGUCAGAUCUGGAACCUUCCAAAGCAUUAACAUGUUAAGCCCCUCAUUCAAGGCCAAGACAAACAGGAGCCACUCUGCAAGCCAGCAGAACACCUUUUCUGUAGUGGAUUUAGGAACACGUUUCUGAAGCUGCAGUCAUGGCUGUAGUGCCUUGGUCAGGCCGUCUACUGUCCUGGCCUCAGCAUUCCUCUAGCAGCAUUGGGGUCCACCUAGCAGAUGGUUCUGCCAAACAUAUUAACUUCAGAGCUUUUCUAGAAGUGCUGCUGCCUUCAUACAUCAAACAGCUGGCUUCCUGGAAAGCCCAGGCAUUCUUGACGACAAUAUCCACUAAAUCAUAAAACUACAGUUUUACUCACUGCUUGAUUAAUUCUUCUUGGUCUUUUACCUGCCUGUCGUUUGUAGAGCCUUGGUGGUCUUCAGCUGGCUUCUGAAGUAACCCUUGAGAAAGUCUCCUGUCACAUUCUCUGCCAUCUCUUCCUUUUGUACACUGUUUCUUUAAUUCCGUUUAAUAUUGCCAUAACAUGGUCUGUGAAGCUGCAAGGGGAACAGAACCAUAUAAUGGUUUGGGUUGGCACAUAAUGUGUUUUCUAUCUCAGUUUCAUCUAUUCUCCAUAUUGAUUGUGAGAUAGAAGAACAGUGGCCAGUAUUUUUACCCAUGAAUUAUGUUUUCAAUUUCUGUCUUCUGUUUCUGUAUCACCUUCUUACUUACGUGAUUGUGGGGUUGGGGUUUUGUUUUCUUUUGGGGUUUUUUCAUAGGCUGACAGAUGAUUUGAAGGGAACUAAAUAUCUUUUAAAU